AUGAAAGAUGACCUAAGCAACAAACUCGAUCUCGCGUCAACUCAUCGAGUCAUACCACUCAAGCGCACACAAGAAUACGUCUCACGCAUACUGGGGAAUGACUAUGCUGUACACGAAGUGUCAGCCAAAGAUGAUAAAGGGAUCGAAGAACUUUUUCUUCAAAUCACAAGAGCUCUAGUUGAUCGUAAAAACAACCGAGAUGGUCGACCACCAAUACAUGUUAAUCCAGUAUAUGUCGCAAUAGAUGACUCUCAACAGACAACCGAUGCAACGUGUUGCAAUUCAUGA